AUGGGCCUUUCGUUUUCAAUACUCUUAUCUGCAUGGUCUGCAGUUCUGGGACACAAGUUUUUUGGCUCGAAGGAUACUGUUGAAAGGAUCGCUGUAAGGUCCCUAAGUUUUGGAAGGAAAGAUGGAGAAAUAGGUUCAAGAACAAGCAGCUUCAAGAAAGAUGAUUCAGAAACCAAAGGAAAAUUUGAUGGGUCAGAUAAAAUGAGUAUAGAGAGAUCAUUAAGCUUUGACAAAUGGGAUUCCAGUGAAACUAAGGCUAAAUCAUCUGAUUCAUCCAAAACUUCAAACUCUCUGAAGUUCAAAACUAACGAAAUAGCCCACUUAACAAAGCCUACAAUAUCACUCCCUGAGCCCCCUGUGAUUUUCUUUUCUCCAAGACCUAUUAAUGAGCUUGAUGCUGCUGCAACUAAACUUCAAAAAGUCUACAAGAGUUAUAGGACUAGGAGGAACCUUGCAGAUUGUGCGGUUGUUGUUGAGGAACUCUGGUGGAAGGCCUUGGAUUUUGCGGCUUUGAAAAGGAGCUCCGUAUCAUUCUUCAGCAUUGAGAAACAUGAAACUGCUGUAUCAAAGUGGGCAAGGGCCAAGACAAGGGUUGCCAAGCUUGGAAAGGGUUUAUCCAAGGAUGAGAAGGCCCAGAAGUUAGCCCUGCAACACUGGCUUGAAGCUAUCGAUCCACGCCAUCGUUAUGGACACAAUUUACACUUCUAUUAUGAUUCUUGGUUUGACAGCAAGAGCACACAGCCUUUCUUCUACUGGUUGGACAUUGGUGAUGGUAAAGAAGUAAACCUUGAGAAGUGCCCAAAGAGCAAGCUUAAUCGCCAAUGCAUUCAAUAUCUUGGACCGAAAGAAAGGGAAUCAUUUGAGGUGAUUGUAGAGAGUGGCAAGCUUGUGUACCGCCAAACCGGAAUGCUAAUUAACACGUUGGGUGAGUCGAAGUGGAUUUUUGUGUUAAGCACAACAAGAUCCUUGUAUGUAGGGCAGAAGAAGAAAGGUGUUUUCCAGCACUCAAGUUUCUUAGCUGGAGCAGCUACAACAGCUGCUGGAAGAUUAGUAGCCCAAGAAGGGGUUCUUCAGGCAAUAUGGCCUUAUAGUGGCCAUUAUCUCCCUACUGAGGACAAUUUCAAAGAAUUCAUUAGUUUUCUUGAGGAGCAUAAUGUGGACUUAACAAACGUUAAGAGAUGUUCAAUAGAUGAUGAUAAUGCUUCAUUCAAAGUUGCUGAUGAGGAGCCUAAACAAGAAGAGGAGAUGAAGCAAAUCACCACAAUUAUAUCUGCCGACACAAAAGCUAAUGAUGUUGAUGUGCCUAUCGAUAAUACAACCAAAGAUGAACAGGACAAUUUGGAAGCUAAUGCAGCCAAGUUGCAAGCACCAGUAUUUGACCUGAGCAAGCGGUUGUCAUGCAAGUGGACAAGUGGAUAUGGUCCCCGUAUUGGGUGUGUGAGGGACUAUCCAGCUGAUUUGCAAUCUCGGGCGCUUGAGCAAGUCAACUUAUCGCCUAGGAUCAAUCCUGGCCGUGCAGGGAGCUGUAUUCCGAUCCCUUCCCCGAGGCCUAGCCCUAAGGUUCGAAUCUCACCAAGGCUUGCAUACAUGGGACUUCCUAGCCCAAGGGUAUCGGUUAAUUAG